AUGCAGUCGCCCCAGCGCUUCCCUCUCGGCGCGCGCGUGGCCAACCCCGUGGAAGGCCGCACAGGGCGCAUCGAGGCCUUCGACGCCCACACGGGACUCUACGCGCUCGUGUACCACGACGGCCACCGAGACGAGCUCCCGGCCGAUCAGACCGAAGCGUUUCUGAUCCCGUCGGCCGCUGUCUCCUCCUCCUCUGAGGCGAUCGAGGACUCAGCGACAGUAAACGACGCAACGAGCAGUGGUGCCGCCGACUCAGAUCCGAAUCAGUUGCUCGGCCUCACCGUGACGCGGACGUCGACGAGCUACGACGGCAAACGGCUCACGAGCUCCGGACAAGUGACGCAGUACUUUGCCGACCUCAAGCGCUUCCGUGUGCUCUUCUCAGACGGUCUGUUUGCCGACCUGACGCGCGACGAAGUGCAGCAAUACGCCGAGCAGGCGGCCGACUCAGAUGCCAAAUCUGAGUCUGAGUCGGCGACGAUGGCGACCACGAAGAACAAGCAGCGCACCGUGCCGCCACCUGAGACCGCAUGUCGAGCAACGGACCGACCGCUGCGGACGCAAAAGUUCGACAGUCGUAAAGCGGCGUACGCUGUGUGUCGAGAAGUGCUGCGGAUCGUUCUGCAUCAGAAGACAAUGGCCAAGUGCUGGUCGGACAAGCAGAAGGUCGUAAUGCACAACAAGGACCUUCAGGCGAAGCGCGCGCUCGAAGCGUUUGUCGAAGCUGAUGGACUGAAUGCACUUGAGAAGAUGCUGGGCAUUUGGAUCCGUGUCGAGAAGACACAGUCAGCGGCGUUGCUGAUCUUGAAGGUUUUGGCCGUGCUGCCGGGCGUGAAGGAAGAGCACUUGCGCAAGACGAACAUUGCACGCACGCUGCGAGGGAUCGAGAAGCUCAGCCACACGAGCUAUCUGGGCGUGGUGUUUGGCGAUCUGGCGCACUGGGUCAUUCAGAAAUGGUCGAGAACGGCAAUGAAUCGCUCGUUUCAUCGGUCGGCGCGGGACUUGGUCUUGGACCAACAGGCCCAAAUCCGACGGGCGCGGACGGAUGGCAAGGUGCAUGUGGCCGCGCACUCAGCUUCAAAGUCGACUCCGCGACAAAAGGAGACGGCGCGACUGGAAGCUAUGCGAACGGGGGCAAACACAAGUGCAGAACCUCAGCAAGACCCGAGCGAAGAAGUUGUGGUGUAUUUGCCGCAGUUCAAUUCUCUCGGCUCGGAGGAUAUGCGUCGCCCUGUCCGUCAGACUCAAGUGAUUGAGUCUCUGGCAGCAAAGCUCAAUCGUGACUAUGAAGACUCGGUGCGGAAGCAUCAAGACGAUGACGCAGAAGGGGAAGACGACGGCGUGGCUGUUGGGCGCGUCACGUUUGGAAAGCCUCGGUUGAUGCAUUUCAGCCAGCACACUCCCGUAGUUGACCUGUUUUGCACUGCCCGGAGCAAACUGCUGGAGAAGAACGCGAGGAAAAGCAUUGACGCUACGGAUGCUGCAAGUGGCAAGGCCAACGACGCAUUUCCAUCAACGUCUUUGUCCAUGCCGAACAAGACGCAAGCGCCAAAGAAGACGAUUUUGAAAGCGCGGGAUGAUGUGAUCACACCGGCAUCGCAGACGAUUUGGUAG